AUGAGCAUUACGGAGGUUUUUAAGAAAAUUCCCACGCCCCAAAUCAAUCUGUCUAAUGUGCAGUUGCCCUCUUUUGGGAAGGAUUCUUCCAAUGGCAAGGCGCCACUCAAUAUGUCAAAAGAGGACAUGGAACAGCUGAUUAACACAAUUCGUCACACAACACUAGCAACCGAAGACGGCGCGUUCGUUGCCCUCUGGAUCCUCACGCUAAUUGAUCACUGGAACAACGAACACGAGCGCAUUGUUGUCCUGACUGAACGCAGCUUCUACAUCAUCCGCUACGACUUUCUGAGCGGAGUGAUUCGCGAGAGCAGACGGGUCGGUCUGGGUCAACUGGUCUCCGUGACAACUGGGCCUCUCGUCUUCCCCACCAAGUCUCUGAUGCCGUAUGUCGCCGUUGAUUUUAUCAAGCCUCAUUUGACCAAACACAUUAACGGGAUGCUACUAGAAAUUUUCAAGGUCACUACAGUAGCUUUUGAUUUGGCUAUACCGAAAUGCGAACCCUCAACGAGGGAGCGGUGUGUGCUUGCCUCGUCCAAUCCGCUUGCAGUCAAUUUGAGCACUGGUGUCCACGAGCUGUAA